AAGCCCAAUUGAUAAAUUGAAAAGUCAUCGUACAAGCGGCCCACGUGAGAGCCAAGAAGCAGAAUCUAUUUUCUCAGGUUCGUAGCUCCGGAAGCGUGCCGGCUGCCGAAGAUCAGCGAGACAAACUGAAAGCUACCCCGGUCACCCGCUGUUCUGCCGUUUCCUCUUCCACUUUUCCCAUCAAUGGCGUUUCUCUUUAACAAAUUUCAAGAGGCAGUGAAAGUUCUUGCGAAAAGCCCCACAUUUGCUAGGGAUCCAAGGAAAAUGCAAUUCGAAGCAGACAUCAAUCGGCUAUUUCUGUAUACAUGCUACAAUCGAUUAGGUAAGAGUGCGGAAGAGGCUGAUGUGGACGAGGUAAUUGAAAUGGCCAAUAAAGCUUCUGUUGAUGAUCAGCAGAAGCAAGUGCAGGAAAACAUCCAUUCUCAAACUAGAAACUUCUCCACAGCUAUGGACUCUAUUCUUCUCUCUGACUCUACUGAAGGAGAUGGGGCAGGUGGUGGAAGCUCUAAAAACGCAGAUGCUGCCCCUCGCAGAAGUGGCCUUAGUCUUGCUGUUGGCCAGAGGGGGCCAUCUUCCAAGCAUCCAGCUAUUCCCAAGACAAAGCCGUUAAACCUUGCUGAAGUCUCUCUGAGAUUAAAGGAGAGCAUUGGCUACACACUUGAUCUCAAGCCGUCUCAGAUAUCCCAUGAGGCAGCUGGAACAGGUUUGUUUGUCAAUGGUGAAGCAGAUGUUGGCACCGUGAUUGCCUUCUACCCGGGUGUGAUUUAUGCCCCUGCUUACUACCGGUAUAUCCCUGGAUAUCCAAAGGUUGAUGCGAAGAACCCUUACUUGAUCACAAGGUAUGACGGAACUGUGGUCAAUGCUCAGCCUUGGGGUUCUGGUGGUGAAACUCGGGAACUAUGGGAUGGGUCAAGGCUUCCAGAAAACCAGCCCAUCUCACAUAGCAAUGAUGAGAAAGGAUCAGAUCGGCUUUGGAAAACACUCAGCAAGCCUUUGGAAGGGACACGAAUCAUUGGUGGUGUUGGUGAAAUCAUUGAGAGACGGAAUCCACUUGCUUUGGCUCAUUUUGCAAACCACCCUGCAAAGGGGAUGGCUCCUAAUGUCAUGAUUUGUCCAUAUGACUUCCCGUUGACUGAGAAGGAAAUGAGGACUUAUGUGCCAAAUGUUUCGUUUGGCAAUCCAGAAGAAGUAAGUAUGAGAAGAUUUGGCAGUUUUUGGUGGAGAACUGGGUCCAAAGAAAGCGGUUCUGAUGUCCCCAUUAUGAAGGCACUUGUCCUGGUGACUACCAGGGCGCUCUGUGAUGAAGAAGUUUUGUUGAACUACAGACUUAGCAACUCGAAGAAGCGGCCAGCAUGGUACACUCCAGUGGAUGAAGAAGAAGACAGGAGGAGAUGGAGCUAAAAGAUUUGUCCCUGAAGUAGUUUCAAACAUCUUUGUCUUGUUGCAGAGAUUAUUCUGAUGGCCUUAGGUCAUCCGGAAACCCGAGUUUACCCAUCAUAUCCCUUAAAAGCUUCAGUUCUCGUAGCUUUAAUUUCUAUUGAGGGAUACAUGCAAGAAAAUAUAGUCUGGGGUGAUCAGUUUUGCAUUCAUCUCGCAAAGUUGAGAGCAAUUUUAGACUUGAGUCAUGUACAACAACAUAACACGGGAUGCUAAAGAAUUAUGUCGUUUUCUUUUGUAACAGUGAAGAAAUGGCAGAAAACACCCAUGGCUUUCUUGUUGAUGCUAAUGCUUAACUAAGCAUAUCCCCUUUGAAGUCCCCGGUUUCUGCCACAACCUUUACAUUUAUAUUUUCAUCUUGUUACAUUUUUAGGUCGUUUUUGUAAUUAGCAAUGAAAGAUCAGUCUUUGGGAGUUUGGUGUACUUGCAGUAUUGUCUUGCUAUUGGAGGCCAUCGUGAACUAUGGAGCAAGAUGCAGUGCUUGGCUUGCUAUUGGUGACACUUUUAUAUGUUAUACGCAGAAUGUGGCGGUCCAGGUUUUGCAUCACCAAUCAACAGAACCCCAUCACAGAAGCUAAGCAGUGACUGGUGCAGAUAAACUUCAAACCAAUGGGGGUUUCAGGUUUAGAUGCAUUGUCACUGUGCAUGUUUCUGUGCUUGGUGGGUGUUUCACCAUCAUGGGGAGCUGUGGAUCCCGAGAUCAUUGCAGCUCAAUCAGCUGACCGGGUCUUCUACAUCCCAGAGCAGCCUUCUGUGAACUUCCUGCAGUAUGCGGGGCAUAUCACAGUUGACCAGAGUCAAGAGAGGGCGCUGUUCUAUUGGUUCUUUGAGGCAGCUCACAAGUCAGAAGAUAAACCUUUGCUCGUGUGGCUCAAUGGAGGGCCAGGAUGUUCUUCUGUUGGGUAUGGGGCAGCACAAGAGAUUGGACCCUUUCUGGUGAAGAAAGGACAUCAAAUAGAACUUAACCACUAUGCUUGGAACAAAGGCAAUUCUUCUGCCAACCUACUGUUCUUGGAAGCUCCUGCUGGGGUUGGAUUUUCGUAUUCAAACAACACUUAUGCUCCAGGAGACAGCGUCACAGCGUGGGAUUCCUACAACUUCUUGAACAAGUGGUUGAAGAGAUUCCCGCAGUACAGGAAUAGUGAACUGUUCAUAGCAGGGGAAAGCUAUGCAGGGCACUAUGCACCGCAACUGGCUGAAGUAAUCUUUGAUCAGAACAAGAUCUACUACUCCCUCAAUGACUCCUCUAAUUACAUCAACCUCAAAGGUUUCAUGUUAGGAAACCCAUCAUUGGACGAUGAAACAGACAGGAAAGGAAUGAUCGACUAUGCAUGGAGUCAUGCGAUGCUCUCGGACAAGGAUUACCAGUCCAUCUUGUCGAGCUGUGAUUUUACGAGGAGCGACUCAAACCAGACCGAGCAAUGUCAAAAUGGAAUGGCGAAUUACUACCGACUGUAUUCAAUGAUAGACAUGUACGGCAUCAACUCCCCAACGUGCCAUCUGCCUACCAAUUCCAGCCAUAGUUUCUUCGGCCGACUACCAAGCAACAGGACAAUGACGUCCAAGUUUAGGGUACCUGCAGCUGGUGCUGGUGGGUAUGAUGCAUGCACCAGCGACUACGUGUUUGAGUAUUUCAACCGACAGGAUGUCCAGGAAGCAUUGCAUGCUGAUCUCAACAAAGUCCCUCGCCCGUGGGACCUUUGCAGUAAUCAGGUGGGCAAUGACUGGAACGAAAGUGCGUUCUCGGUGCUCCCGGUGAUUAGGAAGCUGCUUGAUGGAGGCCUUCGAAUUUGGCUCUAUAGUGGAGAUGCAGAUGGUAGGAUACCAGUGACCUCGACGAGGUAUGCACUGACCAAGCUUGGGGUGAACAUAACCCAGGAUUGGACUCCUUGGUACAACCAAGAAGAGGUCGGAGGAUGGACAAUAAGUUAUGCAGGAGGGCUGACAAUGGCGACGGUGAGAGGAGCUGGUCACGCCGUCCCUGUACUAGCACCAGACCGCGCUCUCCUCCUCGUCUCUCACUUCCUCGACAACAUCGACUUGCCACGUGCUGCCUCUUGAUUCAUUAGUUCAUUUCUCACCAUCGUUAUAAUCCGUCUGCAAUUUUCCCCAAUCCUAGCUUAUCGUCUGUGUUUUCACUGUAAUUUCUCAUACGGUUCGUUCUAUUGUUUUGACAAUGUUGUACCAAUUUCUGUUGACGGGUUGCCUCCUUCGGUAUCUGCCUCAUUGCUUCCAGAAUCAGCAUUCAUCUGUUCUGUAACUCAUCACCAUUAAUUAGCCUCUUCAUCUUCGAACAUCUAAAGACUAAAGUCGG